AUGGCUCAAAUGGCACCACGUAGGGUCGCAGCCGGCAUCACAUGCAUUGUCGCUAUGCGACUUAGAGACACGAACGCAGGAGCCCUAACGCGAUCGGAACGAAAGGCGGCUCGCUCGUUAGCACCAACAAGCCUGAGGCCCGAACAUCUGCAUAUCCCGUGA